UGACUUGUAAGGUUUGUGUCUUGUGGUUAAUGUGAGAUGUACUAUCAAUAGAUCGUAGGUGGGGUUUAUACAGGGGGCUGUGGUUAGAGGGGCCUCUACAUAUAAAGGGGCUUGUCUGAUUCCUAAGUCACUUUACCAAAACCCAACACAACUUUUAAUCUUCACAUCUCUACCAGCACAAAUCAUGAAUACAUCUCUGGUCCUCCUUGCCCUCAGACUGCUGGCUUGUUCAGUUUGGGAAAUGCAAGGGCAAUGCCAAGAGGUUGACCGUGAUGACCAGGAAGUAGUGGAAGCACAGCCAGAGAAGCGCAUGGAGCAAAAGCAAGUGGGAAUCUGCUGGGUGUGUGAGUGGGCACUGAACAAAGUGAAGAAAUCCAUCUCCUCUUCCUCUAGCCCGGAGGAGAUAAAGCAGAAGCUAUUGUCCGUUUGCGAUAAAUUAUCCGUCCCAAAAUCUAUGUGUAAAGGCCUGGUGAAAAAACACUUGCGGGUGCUGAUUGAGGAGCUUAAUGCAGGCCAUGAUGUGAGGACCAUCUGUGUUAACAUUAAGGCCUGCAAACCAAAGGAAGUAUUGGACCUGAGCUACUGACCAAGCAGCCAGUAUCCAGAUUCCAAAGUGAGAAGAUGGAUGUUCAGGUGUCAAGACAAUGCUAUGCUUCCAGCCUCUUGCUCUUUCUUUUUCAAACUAGUCACAACACAAUCGUAUAAAUGGAUGAUGAAGUUGGAAUGAUUAUGUUCUGAAAUAAUGUUUUGGGAACAUGUAUUAUAAUUAAUCAAUAAGGCCAGAGGGGGUGUGGUACAUGGCCAAUUUACCAUGGUUAUGGGCUGUUCUUAUGCACCAUGCAACGCAGAGUGCCUGGAUACAGCCCUUAGCUGUGGUAUAAUGGCCCUAUACUGGUGGUAUAUUGUCUCAUACACCAUGGCUUUCAGCCAAUCAGCAUCCAGGGCUCAAACGAUCCGGUUUAUAAUAGUGUAUGUGUCUGUCUUAAAUUGUAGUACAUUUUGUAUCAUCUACAAAGGUAUACCUUUUGCUACUUUAGUCCCAUAGAGGGAAAUCAUUCAAUUGAAAUAAAUUCUUUAGGCCGUAAUCUAUGGGAUUUCACAUGACUGGGCAGGGGUGCCAUGGGUGGCCCUGGGAGGGCAUAGGCCCACCCACUGGGGAGCCAGGCCCAGCCAAUCAGUAUACGUCAUUCUUAAAUUGCAUUACAUUUUGUAUCAUGUACAAAUGUAAACCUUUUGCAGCUUUAGUCCCAAAUGUUUAAAAUGUUUAAUGUUUGGCAAAAAAUAAACCUCAA